GUGUGCUUUCUCUAUCAAAAUUUUCCAGGGGAGCAAAUAAAAUAGAAACGGCAAGAGAGAAACGCUGGUUAAUUAAGAACAUCUUGUUGAGAACUCUUUAAGAGAAGAAGAAGCAGAGAGAGAGAGAGGUUGGGAAACGACGGCGUGUUGUAUUGAACCAAAGAGAUUGAGAGAAAGAGAGAGAUAUGGCGAUGAAGGGUUAUUUGGAUGAGUAUGAAAAGCUUGUUAUUAGGAUGAACACUCCAAGGGUCGUUAUCGACAAUGGUGUUUGUUCUUCAGCGACAAUCGUCAAGGUUGACAGCGCAAGAAGAAAUGGGAUAUUAUUAGAAGCUGUGCAAAUUCUCACCGAUUUGAAUCUCUCCAUUAAAAAAGCUUACAUUUCUUCUGAUGGAAGAUGGAACAUGGAUGUCUUCCAUGUGACUGACUUAAACGGAAACAAAUUGAAUGACCAGAGCGUCUUGAGAUACAUUGAACAGUCGAUUGAGAAGGUUUACUACGGAGAAAACAUUGAAGUAAACGGUUUAACAGCCUUAGAGUUAACCGGAACAGACCGUAUCGGUUUGCUCUCUGAGAUGUUUGCGGUUCUCUCUGAUCUCAACUGUGACGUGGUUGACGCUAAGCUGUGGACACACAACGGCAGAGUUGCUUCUGUGAUCUAUCUCAGAGAUUGCAGCUCUGGGUUGCCGAUUCUUGAUUCUCAAAGGGUAUCCAAGAUCGAAGGACGGUUGAAGAACGUUUUGAAUGGCGACAACGAUGUUAAUUCCGCCGCAAAGACUUGUGUCUCUGUUGAUUCGAUGAUGCACAUAGAGCGUAGGCUUCAUCAGCUUAUGUUUGAAGACAGAGACUACGAGAAGAGAUCCAAGACACAAGAGAGAUCUCCCAUGGUUGUUGUGACGGUUCAGAAUUGGGCUGAGAAGGGUUACUCUGUCGUUAAUGUUCAUUGUCGGGACCGGACCAAGCUUCUAUUCGAUGUGGUUUGUACGCUAACCGAUAUGGAAUAUGCCGUGUUCCAUGCGACUAUCAACACGGCUGACGACCAAGCUCACUUGGAAUUCUACAUCCGGCAUAAAGAUGGAUCACCAAUUAGUUCAGAAGCAGAGAGACAACGAGUGAUUCAAUGCUUAGAAGCUGCGGUCGAAAGAAGAGCAUUAGAGGGUGUGAGAUUAGAGCUGAGACAUCCUGACAAACAAGGUUUACUAGCCGAAGUAACGCGGACAUUCAGAGAAAACGGUCUGAAUGUUACAAGAACAGAGAUAUCAACGAGCAGCGACAUGGCUACUAACAUAUUCUAUGUAACCGAUGCAAAUGGAGACGAACCUGACUCAAAGUUGAUUGAAUCAGUUAGGGAGAAAAUAGGUUUGGAGUGUUUAAGAGUGAAGGAAAUGCCAACGGUGAAUCAUAAGAAGGGAGAUGGAGAAGAGCAACAACAGACCAAAGCAGUGUUGGUUUCACUUGGGAGUUUGGUUUGGAGAAAUCUCUUCAACUUUGGUCUUAUCAAAUCAUGUUCUUAAAAUCUUUCAAGUACUGAGUCAUCUUUUGCGAGAGAUGAACCAUUUAAUCGGUGUAGCUUGGUAGGUCGGAUUUUAAGUUAGGCAAUGGGUUUGGUCAUGUUCUUUUUGUAAAUAGAGAAAAGAAGAGAGGGGUGAUUAGAAAAUUCUUAAAUUGCUUACUUUUAUUUGUGGGAGUUUAGAUUUUAGAACAGGUUGUAAAAAAAGUUUAUAAGAUUUAAUUGUUAUUGUUUUUUCUUUAUUGUUU